GCAACCUGCGACCCACCCUCCGCCCAAACCCACAAGGCGGGCGAGGGGACCUAUGGAGAUGGCCACGGGGCAGCCCGGACGCACGCUCCAUAGUCUCAAGCCAGGUACUUCGCGAUACCUCGAGGUACAAGCCGAAAUUGGCAGCUAGCUCCGGUCAAGGCACUUGCCAUGUCCCCGAGAAAGGAUGCCGCCGUCGCAGGGGUGUGGAAGAGGGGGGGUGGCGGCGGCAGACGUGUGAGCGGGCAUGACGGGGUCAUGAGAAAAAACAGGGAAGUUGAGCAGGCAGGGCGGGGCUUCGACGGUGGACGCCGAGAGGGAAGGCCCGACAAGGCAGGUAUUUUGGGUGCAUCAGCUGAGGGCUUGAAGGGGUGAGUGAUGAAAAUGGUGGCCUCGGGGGAAGCCGCUCGCACUUCUCAGCGAGCGAUAUUGGCUCGACGAUGAUGAAUAUACGAAGCGUAUGAUGACCAUCGUCGGCAACGUCGACAGCAGCUGGCUGACGCGACGCUUGGCAGCAUACUAUGCCCGUGUUUAGACCAUAUAGUGUAGGAUAUUAGAGGCAGCAAUAUUUCUGGCCAGAAUACAGCCAGUCAACCGUGGGCAGGACAUCACGGUGAGGAAAGCUGGUGCAUCA